CCAUAGUCUCCAUUAAAAGCACUGAUACAUUUUAUACCAUGAUUAUAUUUCUAAACUGUACGCUACUCUCUUGCACACUUCUUGGAAGUAUAGUAUUUUUAUAUUCCAUUAGUGUAAGAAAUACAAAACAUCAUAAAUCAAUUAUUUAAUUGAAGUACAUCUUAACGAACGUGGGCAAAAAGAAGUAGUGAUAGCAUGGUAUUGGAUACGAGACAGCCAAAUGGAUAGCCAUGAUGGGAGCUACGGUCAUACUGGCCUGUCGGUCGGAAGAGAAGGCAAAAGAGGCAAUGACAUGGAUGAAUGCGGAAUUCCAGGCGGAGAAAGACAGAAAAACAAAAGAAGUGGUUGAUUAUCCGGAACUCAGGAUAGAGUUCAUGAAAUUAGACUGCGCCAGUCUCCAGUCGGUGAUGGACUUUGUGAAAGAAUUCAAAAAUUCCGGUCGACAAUUACAUAUUCUCGUGUGUAACGCUGGGAUAGGCCUCCACAAACAGGCUUACACAGAAGAAGGGUAUGAACUGAUGUUUCAGGUGAAUUACCUGAGCCAAUACCUAUUAGCAGCACACCUGUUGCCCAUCAUGAAGACUUCUGGAGAAGAUUGUCGUAUCAUACUUGUGUCCAGCGAGGCUCAUCGCUUCUGCGAGUUUAAUUUGGACAGAAUACAGGGGAAACAGUUUAACGAACAAAAUUUCGGACGACUUUUAUUUUAUGGAAACUCUAAAGCAUUCCAGAUAAUGCAGAUGUUCAGUAUGAACCGACGACUUCAAAACUCCAACGUAGCUGUACUGAGCUUACAUCCGGGAAUGGUGGAAACAGAAUUGCGUAGAAACUUCAAAGAUAUGACGAUAUUCAAUAUCUUUACAAGUCUAACAAAAUGUGUCGGCAAAUUGAAGAAUCCAUUUGAAGGAGCUGAAACCACCAUCAAUGCGGCAGUAAGUCCAGCCCUGAGAGGCGUCCGUGAUAUUUAUUAUGACAACUGUAAACCAGCCAACAUCCAUAAUAUAGUGACGAAUACGCAAAACCAAGAAUCUCUAUGGACAUACACUCUGGACUGUUUGAAGAAAGGAGAUUUUCUCCCAGAAGAUAUCAUUAAAUGUUUGGAAGGAACUUAAAAUAUUGGAUAAUUUUUUUCCGCUGUAAAUAUCAUAUCUAUACAUUAAAACUGAAAUAAAUAUGGAUGUAGUUAUCAAAGUCAGUGAAUUAGCCUAGACGUAUACACUAUGCAAACAGGACCAUAAGGAAUCUACAGAGACCAGCUUCAUCAAUAUUCCUUAAAUUUUCAUAGGAAAGCAUAAAAGGGAGGUUCCUUAAAUAAUGUGGUUUCCGUAUAAUACUCUUUUUGAGAUAAGGCAUUUCCUUAAGAAGAAGGAACGUUGAUGAAACUGGAAGCUUCAUAAAUCAUAUCUGCUGUGACUUUUGGUACAAACAGGAAGGCUGAUCUAUAACCUGCCCCCGCCACAAUGUUUGACACGUUCUACAGAGUGCAUGGUGAUGCAAGGCGUCCGUACAUCCUACCGGAUUUGUUAACACUCAAGUACUUCUAUUUAUGUACAUUAUAUUUGAAUUGAUACGCAAGCUUUGUAACAAAAUAUUAUCUUGGCCGCGUUCGAUUUUGGACGCAUUAGGUCAUAUUUUGUGAGAUAUAUUUCCUUUUUACGAAUUUGAUGAAAAAUAACUUGUCAUUAAUGUUUUGAUAUUUUUGGAUUAUUUGUUUUGAAAUUGAAACAAAAGUUUGCAGUGAGAUUUUGUAGACCGAGUGCGGUUUUGGACGAAUUCUGGAAUUGGUGUGGACGUUAUUACCCUUGACCAUUUUCUGUUUUUUUUUUUGUUUUUUUUUUUGCGAAAAGAAAAAACAAAACAAAAACUGGCUAGUGCGUCAUAUGCAUGCAUAUGUACAUUCAACUACACUUGUAGAGAAAUUAUCUUUACUGAAUUUGUUCAAAAACACAAACCCUUUUACGUGAAUGCGCAUCUCAAAUAAGAAAAAAUAGAACCAACCUGAUCGUUUUUUUGUUGUUUUUCGUUUUUGUUUUUGUUUUUUUGCUUUUGAAGCAUUCAACAAACGUGAUAACGAGUUGUUUAAAUGUCUGCAAUUGAAUUAUAGUUUCUUUUUAAAUGAGAAAAUAAAAAAAAAAGUCAAAUAUUUCGCCUCUUUUAUGACAUAUUUUAGCAUAUUCUCUUUGACAAUACGCCAGUCAUGUACAGUAAGAAUUAACCAACAUCGGGUGUAGCGUCUACGUGUAAUAAGUAAUGGUACAUAGGCUUAACUUUGUCAAAACUACUACAUCAUCAAUCUGAUCUGGCGCUUGUAUAACCUCUUCAUAUACCCAUUAAGUAUGUCUGCACCCGUAGAUGUUCUGAAAACUCACAAUUUGCGUAUAGCUGUAUCCUGGUAAAUACUCACUCGGCUGUUGUUCAUCUGCCUUUUUUCAUUUGGUAGUUUGAAUCAAAUGAUAUGUUACAUUCAUCCAUCAUUUGAUAUCUAUAACUGUAUGCUAAUGUUAUUUUAAAUCGUAUGGUAAAUGCUUUAAUUGUAUAGCCUCCAAUGCUGUAUGGACUAUGUACAUUGUAUGUAUAGCAAUACAAUUUGUCUAGUGUUAAUACCAGUACAUGUAUACAUGUGCAGACUUGUAAAAUAAAUAUAAUGGGAUUUGUUCUGCUUUUUGUGACAAUUUUGCCGAUUAUAUUUCUCAGUAGAUAUUAAAAUAACGAGUAUGAGUGGAAAUCUGCCUAUAUAUAUGUAUACACUAGAAUACUGGAAGAAUGUUAAUAUCUUAAAUCCUGUAUUACUGUUAAUAAAUAGUUAUCGUUACUUAUA